AUGUCGCGAACGGCUAAAGCGACGUUAGGAGCCUCUGUCUGCUUCACGUCCUUAAUAAUAUGGGCGGUUCACUACCAGCAGCAGCAGGAACACGAGAACAUGUAUAAAGGUGUCCUGCGUGACGAUGAACGUCGACUCGAAAAGAUGCGGAAGCGAGAGGAGGAUCUACAGGCCUCUCUCCAAAAGCGGGAGCUAUACGAGAAAUUGCAGCCUCUGCCAGCGAACGGAGAGCCCAACGCUGGGAGAUCGUAA